AUGGGUGACCAUUGCGAUCCUAACAGCGAGAUCACCUUGAUCAAGGUCCCCAAAUUUCUUGCCAACCACUGGCGAGAAAGCGAAAACCAGUCCUAUAUGGGUUAUUUAAAGAAAAAUGAUGAUGGUACCAUCGACGAACUUUUGGUGAAGUUUGAAGGCAAGCAGCGUCGUUUCUUAAGUCGAGCGAAUCAUCUUAGCUGCCCAAUGGCAGUACAAAUCAGAGAUGCGAACGCUCCUAUCGAAUCAAUGGGAAGAUUUAAAAGAAGCCUUACCAUCUACCCUAAAUUAGAUUCGCUCUACAAAAGCGAGAUUAAAGAACGCCAUAUUGUGACCAACAUUCAUAAGGCGAGAGGAACAGCACACGAAGCAAGGAGUGAACCAAACAAUGACAGGUCUGCAACGUUGUUUAAAUACUACAAUCCUAAUGCGGAAGGUGCUUCUACCAUUGCUCACGGUGCAGGGGCCGAUUAUGUACCCUCCAAGCAGGACACGCCUUACUCAAGAUCUAAGACUAAAGGUAAUUUAUCUUACCCAUCAAUUGUAUCUGUGGGCAUUGAUGCUUGGCGAUGA